CUAAUAGGUGCCACCUCUCAUACACAGAUCAUACCCACUUCUCUCUACUCUAUUGGAGCACUCUGCAGUACUUUUUUUUAUUCAAUCUUGCUAUAUUGUCAUAAUAAAUGUAAUCUCAUUAAAUGAUUUAAACAUGUUAUUUCCAAUAUUUGUGACAUUUGGACUCAUCAUUAAUCUUCAUCAGAGCUUGGGACAUCAAGAUUUGAUCUUAGGAGAGAUCAUUAUUGAACGCCAUGUGACAGGAGUGUUGGGAGAGGAAGUAAACCUGCAUUGUUUGUACACUGGCAAACUCAACGUCAGUCAUUCCUUUUGGAAGCGCCGUGAUUCAACAGGGCAAAGGGCAAAGUUGUUGGCAGGAUACAAAAAUGGCAAACCAUUUGCAAAAGACAACUUCUCCACUCCAGCAUCUAUCACUAAUCUUACUGUGAAAAUGGAUAUAAACAGCUUAGAGGCAGCUGGAGUUUACACAUGUUUGUUCAGCAUAGAUGAUGAUGAAAUUAUGGAAACAGUAAUCCUUAGUGUCAUUGCUCGGCCCCAUGUGAGCACCCAUGCAGAGGAAGAAGUUCUGAAUGGUAUUCACUACCAAAGCAUCUUCUGUUCAUCUUCUAACGCCAAGCCCAAUGCGACUCUCCAUUGGGACAUUCAUGGGGCACCACCCAGUGAGGACAUUUUCAAAAUCCACAACACACACUCCAAACUGCCAAAUGACACAUACAGUACUGUCAGCAUGCUCCGUUUCCCCAUCGACUUGAAUUCUGAAAGUAGCGUUGCCUGUGUGAUUCAACAUCCAGCUUUCACUGAGCCUAGCACAACUGUUAUAAAUUUACAGACAUUUGUUUCUCCAAACAUAUCCAUGGAAGUAGCCCUCACUGAAAAAGAAGGAAAAGCAGUCUUUGAGGUCAUCUGUAGUGCAAAAGGAGGAAGGCCUCAUCCGUCAAUCACUUGGAUUCAACCUGAAUCUGCAGACACAUCAUGCUCUGCUAAUUUUGUAAACUUUGAACUGGUUUCUAGUUCUCAGUGCUUUCCAUUAGAUGUUUAUGAGGGGAAAAACAUCACCUGUGUAUUUGGAUACUCUCUUCUUGCUGCCUUGGAGAAAACCAUUACACUGCCAACAUACUAUCUCACCACUCUUCAUCUGACAAAUAGCAGUAUUAGGAUGGACCAUUUGAACAACUCUAAUUUGCUGAUAUUAAAAGAGGAGGACGGUGACAUUAGAGUCGGCAUUGAAGUGUUAGGAAAUGUCCCAAGAUAUGAAAUUAAUUGCACAAAGGAUGGUGAACCUCUCUCAGAGUAUGGGUAUGUGGAUAGUAUUGGUCUCAUGAUAAGAGGCCCAGUUAGGGCAAACCAUGCAGGCAUAUACCAGUGCCAAGCCUUCUACUACAAACAUACAGCUUCUUUACAGUUUGAGAUAGAUGUGAAGACCAAAUUCAGAGAACCAGCUCCUAUAAAAGUGACACUGACAUCCAACACAUCUUGGGAGAAUGGAUUUGAGUAUAGCGAGCUGAAAUGCAUGGCAGAUAAUGUGUCUCCUGAUGCUAAAAUCACUUGGGAAACAGGAAACUGCAGCAAUGGAAUCAGUGCCUCUAAGCAUGGAAAUGUUGUAUUUGGAAGUCAGCAGGACAAUGGUGUGGUUUGGAGCACAGUAUGGCUCCCAAUUUAUUCCUAUGCAGGAUGCACAGUAAUUUGUGAGGUUCUUUACCAUUCAUCGUUAGAGAAACCGGUACAAAAGAGCAUCGAUAUCCCUUUAAUAGAACCACCCAGAAGUCAUGUGAACGUCAGUUUGCAGAGAGACUCCACACACUGGACUGCUGUGUGCAAAAGUGUUGAAGCCAUUGCCAACAUCUCCUGGGUCAUUUCUGAUACCAAUAUAACUGCUCUACCGUUGGUCAUAAAUAAAACAAUAGAGGGCAAUAAGGUGCUACUCACAUGCAUUUAUAAAUUUAAUCUGAAGCAGCAUGAAGGAAAAUUCUUGACAUGUGUAAUCCAAAAUGUGUACGGGGAAAUACGGAGAACCAUACAUGUCCCACAUUUUGUUAUCUCAUCUAUUGUGGUUUGUAACAAAACAAUUCCACAUGCCAAACAUACUGGCUUGCACAGAGUGGCUAUACAGGAAAAUGUUUCCAAUCAGAGGAUAAUUUUUAGAGUUAAUGGGAAUGCAUCAUCAUUAUCUAAUAUAAAAUGUUUCAGGUCCAAUGGACUUUCUGCACAAACUCAGGGUAUGGCCCUGGUUUUUCCCCAGCAAGUGUCAGAGAGUGAUGCUGGUUUGUAUACAUGCUUUUCAUCAUGGUCCAAUCACAAUGCCACAGUCACUGUUCUGGUGGAGGUAACCAGCCAGGAAAUACACAGCAGCAUAGUGAUGCUUAUCCUGAUCUGCUUUUCCUCUGCUGUUGCAAUCACCCUUAUAUUGAUGGUUGUACUCUGCAUAUUCUGCAAAAGAAAUAAAGAGGUGCAAUGUUCAAAUCAGGACUGGAAGAAACGCGAGUCCCUGGCUGCCUUGAUGCAGGACCAACGCUCACCAGAAGUCAAGAAAGCCAAAGGGCAAGGGCAAGAGUAUGCAGAGUUAGUGCACUACUCCAUAGUGAUUGAUGUGAAAAGCAUGGUGUGAAGGAAGCUAAGAGUAUUCAAAGGUCUAAAAUAUGAAUAGAUCUUAAAAAGCAUUAUGUGGAUAUAGUGUAUAUGAAAAACAAAAACGAAAAGUAUCCAACAUCACGCUUGCAACACUUCAUUUGUAGUGUUUUUCAUCUGUGAUAUGAAUGAACUCAAUGAAAGACUUAUUAACAUGUACUUUCAUUACAGUAGCUCUUCCAUCAUUAAUUACAAACACACACAUGAAUGGGUUUGAAAGGCUCAUAGAAAGUGGCCAAAGGCACUUUUGGGACUAAGUGUGGAAAAGUAACAAGUAAUGCUGACUACCAUUGACUUGUUGCACCGUUGCUUACUAAUAAGUAAAUGUAGUAUAAAAUGUAUUAAUGCAAAAUAAAAUCUAUUAAUGUAUGUCUAACUUAACUGUAA